AUGCCUGAGCGCCCGAGCGAAUUCCGCCAGCGCGGCGAGACCAUCGACGACUGGCGGGACAGAUUGCGACGUGUCGACCCUGAUGCUGGCGAUGAUGUUGACGGCUUCUCCAAGCUGAUGGCGGAGAGAGAGAGUCGGAAGAAGCUGCUGGCUUUCGCCGGCAUUCGCAUGAAACCCAGCAGCGACAGGACGCCAUUCUGGCGCACUUUCAGGACUUCGUCAAAAAACUCGAGAGGCUUCCAGACGAUGUCACUGAUGGCCAGAUUGAGGAGGCAUGCUUCCCUCCUCCCAAGGCGGGCGACUCAGGUCGCUCCAAAUGGAAACCCCCUCCGGCGCAACCUGAAGUUAUUCAUGGGAUUCGUCGUGCGCUUUGGUGUGCCCCCCGGUUCCCACGACGCUGCUGUCUCUGACAGCUGCCUCGCCCAGUACCGCGAUGUCCUCAUGUUCUGGGUUUCGAGGAGCUACCGUCUGUUUUUUGAAACCGAUAUGACUAAGUAG